UAUUCAUCAGGGCACAUGCUCGAGUGAUCGUAUAAUAGCGAUAGAAAUUUCACUUUUAGAAAAUUUGAAUGGGAGGAAAGGGUAAAAAGAAGAAUGGAAAUGGCAAGGGAAAAGGAGGAAAUGGCAAGCCCUCGAAGGCGACCAAGAGAAGCGGAGGGAAGAGUCGUUUUGCUAUGGAUAUUUUCAACGAGGAAGUUAUGGAAAAUGCUUACUACACUUGUCACAAUAUUAUGGAUGUCCUGAAGUGUCGAGGGUUUCCCUGGCCCGAUGCGCAGAAAAAGAAGAAGAAAAAGCGCUAAAAUUAAUGACU